GUUUUGCGCUAAAAGUAGUUUGCUGGGUGCCGCCGGCGUCUCCCUCAACCGACUGCUCGGUCCAUGGAGCCUGUGCAGCUCAAGUUUCUCUUUGCCAACAAAGAAGGCGUCAAGAUCACGCUGGCGACGACAAGAGAUCAACAUGUGUCCGAAGUGAAGACGCAGCUACUGGCGCUGUGGCCACCAGGGCUGGCCAAGCCCGAGGCCAUCACGAGCAUUCGACUCAUUUGCAUGGGCCUUGGCGUGCUCCAGGACACGAAAACCCUCGUCGAGUGCAAAGUCCCCAUCUUUCCAGGCCAUCCGACCCCAGUCAACGUGUCGAUUUUGCCACCCAAAUCGGAAACCCAAGCUUUGAUCGCGUCCUACGAUGCGAACCGGGCGGUCCCGGCCAGCAUGAAUUGCUGGUGCACGAUUUCAUAAUCCAGACCACGUUGGCAUCGUGGCGAUGGUGCUGCUUCCAAUCGUGGACGCAUUCGCCUGUGAUGACGGCACCACGCAAACACUCUGCGCGACGAGAUGUCCAUUCUAGCGACCUUUGCCGGUCGUUCCAGUCCACAAACAAUCACGACAUUUCCA